GGAUGCGACCUGAGUAUAAUCUUAAUCGGGAAAGCGCGACGAGGAAAAGCUCCCGCGAGCUACGCAUAAGUCAGUGUGAUGUGCCAGUGAAAAAGGAACCAGCAGCAGAAGCGUCCAAGAAGAAUCGAAACAAGUGGAAACGCUCAGGGCUCGUUCCUGUUCCAAAAGGACUGUAAAGGAGAGAUUUUUUGUGAAGCAACAUUCGCCACAUAGCUGUUAAUCGGGGGAGAACAUAUAAUACUGAUUAGAAUUAAAAUGGUGCUGCUAGUGAAAAGAAUUGUUCCCGUUCUAUUGGUUCUAGCCGUUGUGCAGCGGUUAAAUGCCCAGAGGGAUUAUUGCGACAAGUCGCUGUGCAAAAACAACCAACCACACGUUGCAUGCGGUAAAGGGGAUAGUUACGGUCCAUUCUGUCCGCCGAACCGAGAGCUCGUUCCACUGUCGGAGGAAGUCAAACGAUACAUCUUAGAUUUGCACAACCAAUUUCGUAGUACGGUAGCGCGAGGCGAUGUCGUCGGAUAUUCACCAGCAUCUCGUAUGCCAACCUUGGUAUGGAACGACGAGCUGCAGAAGCUGGCAGAGUACAACGUGAAAACCUGUAUCUACGGUCACGACUAUUGUCGGAACACCCCGGAGUACCCGUUGGUCGGCCAGAACAUUGCGGCCAAUUCGUUCUACGGCAUGGAAGUAACUCCACUGGAUACGAUGACUGAGCUGCUGUACAGCUGGUACGGAGAGUAUGAAAAUGGAAACAUGGGUUUCAUCAACUCCUAUCCACUUUUGGGACAAGAUCCUCCAAAAGAUAUCGGCCACUUCACGCAGAUCAUGAUGGAUAGAGCCGUAUCGAUCGGAUGCGCCAUGAUACAGUACACCCAGAACGAACAGGGACACGACUGGGUGCACCAGAACUACGUAUGUAACUACUCCAACUCGAUUGCACGUGGACAUCCGGUGUACAUUUCCGGUCCAACUUGUUCCAAGUGCGAAACCGGAUGCAGCCAGGUCUAUCCGGGGUUGUGCAAUAUCGGCGAACAGGUCGAACCGACCAAGACGUAGUUUGUCUAUGGAGUGUGGAAUGUGGUUUGGGAGUUGCCGAUCCGCGGAAAUUCCUACAGCAAUCAUUAUGUAAAUAGGUUUCUUUUUCUAGCCCCGAACGAGAUAGAAGAAUGAAUCAACUAAUUUAUUAGCUCAUUCAAAUGUAUGCCCUAAGGACAAUGAUAUAAAUUAUUUUCGUAGCAAAACGAGCAGAGUUGAAAAAAAA